UGCAAAUUAAAGCUAGGUAGCUGCAAGCCCAUACAAUACACACAAGAGUACUAAUCAACAAUGGCUCUGUGGAAAAAGAAGGACGAGGCUGCCGCUGCUGCUUGCUACAUCGGCUACAGGGACGACGCCAAGAUCCCGAAAGGCUACGUGCCGAUGGUGCUAGUCGGCGACGAGGAAGACGGCGGCGAGGAGAGGAUCCUGGUGCACGUGAGAAUGCUCAAGGAGCCGUGCGUCGCCGCGUUGCUGGAGAUGGCCGCGCAGCAGUUCGGGUACGGCCAGCGGGGGGUCCUCAGGAUCCCGUGCGCCACCCAUCGGUUCAAGCAGAUGAUCAACAUGGCACGCAAAGCCAACUAGGCAAAGCAUAUAUAAUAUGCGUGUCAUGGAGAAUGGUUCUUUUUUACUUGUCUCGAAUUUGUCGGAGGGGGCAGCAACAUCCUCUGUAUUUUUUACUCUGUAGGUAUUUUCUUAAUUUCUAAUAAAAAUCAGCAUAGUACGUGCCCGCCUGCUGCCAGCGACAGCGAGAUGAUUCCAAAGGGGUACCUUCAGAAGUUCAGAUGGCGACGAGGGAAACGCAUGGAGAGGGUACUUUCUUUUUACCCAUGGAUGGGCGUCAGGGCUCACGCA